AUGAAGAUCAGAAUUCGUUUCGUGGGUUACAACAACAAGGGAUGCACAGACAGAUGGUUCAACUUUUCUCAAUUCACUGUGAUUGAAUCCAAGCCAGUGUUUGAUGUUCCACUCAAUGUUCAUCACUCUAUAACAGAGAAUGUGGCUUUUGAUAACUCUAAAAAGCCACCUCAGCUCAAGAAGGCAAAGAAGAAUCAAAAGGUGGCCCAAAAAUUUCAAGCAGACAAAUCCUUGAAAAUUCGUCUCUACCCCAAUGAACAAGAAAGGACAACAUUGAAUCAGUGGAUGGGAACUGCUCGUUGGAUCUACAACAGGUGUUUAGAAUUCACCAACAAAUCCAAAGGUGUCAAGAAAAAUAAGAAGAAUUUCAGAACGUUUGUGGUGAACAAUGAUAAUUAUCAGACAGAAAAUCAGUGGGUUGUAAAUACUCCUUAUGACGUAAGAGAUGCUGCCGCUAUUGAAUUGUUGUUCAACAUUAACUUUGAAAAGAAGAAGGCUGGAACGAUUGACAAGUUCAUGAUCCAUUUCAGGCGAAAGAAAGACAGAAAAGAUCAUUUCAUUCUCCAUUGCAAGCACUGGAAAUCAAAGAAAGGACAAUAUUCAUUUAUUAGGAACAUCAAGAGCGCCGAACCUUUGCCUAAGGAGCUUCAGUACAAUUCCGUCAUUAUUAAGAACAAGUUGAACCAUUAUUAUUUAUGUAUUCCACAAGUACUGGAUAUUAGGGGUGAGAACCAAGCCCCUCAACAUUCAGGACAAGUUGAAGCAUUGGAUCCAUGA